AUUUAUUUCCAUUUUCCACGUAGCCACGGGGCCGCAUACCAAGCAACGCGUGUCUCAGCUUUUGACUAUUCCCAUCUCUCUCGCGACAUCGGAGGAAUUAAUUAAAAUAAAUAGAAACUAGGAUGAAUUCGAGCCUCAUCUUCGAAUCCUCCAACUACUGAACCCAUCGAAGGACCCGCAUAAUGGACAAGUUGAAACUAGCCGAAUGGGGCGAACGUUUGAAGACCGGAGGAGCCCAAAUGGGCAGAAUGGUGAGCGAGAAAGUGAAGGGAAUCCUCCAGAGCCCCACGCCAGAGUCAAAAAUGGUGGACGAGGCCACGUCGGAGUCCAUGGAGGAGCCGAACUGGGGGACGAACUUGCGGAUAUGCAAGAUGAUCAACAGCGAGGAGUUGAGCGGGACGGAGAUCGUCAGGUCGAUAAAAAAGAAGAUCUCCGGGGGGGAAGGCGCGGUGAGCCAAAGGUUGAGCCUAGAUUUGUUGGAGGCUUGUGCCAUGAACUGCGAGAAGGUGUUCUCGGAGGUGGCGUCGGAGAAGGUGUUGGAUGAAAUGGUGAAAAUGAUCGAUAAUCCGCAGACGGAUCGUGGGAACAGGAAAAGGGCGAUGGAUUUGAUUAGGGCUUGGGGAGAGUCCGGGGACCUGGCGUAUCUACCUGUCUUUCGUCAGGCCUACAUGGGCUUGAAAGGAAGAAGCAUACCUCCACUAGUAGAAGAAGGGAACUCACUCCCCAUGCAGUAUUCCUUGGAGUCAUAUGUUCAUCAGCAACCUGUGUCUCCACCCGGAAGCUACCCUAUUCCUGACACAGGAAUGCAUGAUACAGGUGGUAGUGCAUUCCCUUUUAACUAUCCAGGCCUAUCAGUUGAAGAGAAGAAGGAAUACCUUGUUGUAACUCGAAACAGUCUCGAACUGCUCUCCAGCAUAUUGGAUGCUGAAGCUGAGCCAAAACCUUUGAAGGAGGAUCUUACAAUAAGCAUGCUGGAGAAGUGCAAGCAGUCGCAGCCUGUGAUUAAGGAUAUCAUAGAAAGCACUACAGAUGAUGAAGGGAUGCUCGUUGAGGCUCUUUAUCUCCAUGAUGAGCUUCAACAAGUAAUCUCCAAGUAUGAGCAGUUGGAAACUGCCGAAAAUCCUGGAGGACAACAGCUGGAGAAGACGGACCCCGUCAAGUAUGAAGAGGUGGAAGCAAGUCGAAAGUGUGGAGAAGAAUUGCCUGAGAACUCAGUUGCCCCCAAGAGUGAGGAGUCAGAAGCUGCUCAAAAGCUUGAAGGAAAAUUGCCAGAAAAGUCUUAUCCCUUGAAGGCCGAACCGAUUGCCUCGAGCACACUUGUGGAUUCAUCCGAAGCAGAGGGCUGUGACUCAGGCCGCAAGAAGAAAAAUGAGGAAUGAGGAUCAAACGUAGACAUCACAGCUGAUGGCUCCUUUUGUACCAAUGACUUGAGCAUCAGAUUAUUGCAAUUGGUUAGUGGUAAAUCUAAUUUAGACUGUUGUAGUGAACGUUUUCUCCAGACAUGUGGUAUCUGCAGGAUAGUUUGCUAACAGCCUUUCUGGGCUGUGAACUACUUUUAUGGGAUCUUAGUCCCUUGUACUACUGAAUAAAAUACAUUUUCUUUCUUUA